GCUGGGCCCUUGUGGGUCAAAGCGCCGCAAAAACAUGCAGCCCGGUCUCAAAUAAAAAAAAGUCUCAGGUGACGUCAGCCGUUCUGCGUGACGUCAUGACGUACGGGCGGGAGUUGUGAAGCUUGGAGCAGGUCCUGGAAGAUUGCGGCGGCUGACCGGGCCCCGACAUGCCUCAGCUGCAGCUUUGCGGGGUCACCCUGGACUUCCCGUUCACUCCGUACAAAUGUCAGGAGGAUUAUAUGUCCAGAGUGCUGGAGUGUCUACAGAAGGGAGUCAAUGGUGUUCUGGAGAGUCCCACUGGCACUGGAAAAACCUUAUGCUUACUCUGUGCCACACUAGCAUGGCGCCAGCAUUUUAAAGAUAACAUCACUGCACGUAAAAUCCAAGAGCGCAUGCAUGGAGCAGAGAUGUUCCCAGACCGACCGGCCGCAGACUGGGGGAGCGGAGAGCCGAGUGGACAGGGAUCAGCUUACUACAGUGAUAUCCCCAAGAUUAUUUACGCAUCCAGAACACACUCUCAGCUGACUCAGGUCAUAAGUGAAUUGAAGCAGACCACUUACAGGCCUAAAGUCAGCGUCCUGGGCUCUCGGGAUCAGCUGUGUAUACACCCGGAUGUAAAGAAGCAGGAAAAUAACCAUGUGAAGGUCCAUAUGUGUCGCUCCAAGACGUCUACCCGUUCCUGUCACUACUAUAAUAAUGUGGAGGAGAAGAGCACUGAGAAAGACCUCACCACUCAAAUAUUGGACAUUGAGGACCUGGUGAAGAACGGCACCAAACACAGGGCCUGCCCCUACUACCUCUCCAGGAAUCUGAAGCAGCAAGCGGACAUCAUAUUUAUGCCCUAUAAUUAUCUGCUAGACCCAAAGAGUCGUAAGGCGCAUAACAUUGAUCUGAAGGGCACAGUUGUCAUAUUUGAUGAAGCCCACAAUGUGGAGAGAAUGUGUGAGGAGUCUGCUUCUUUUGAUCUAACGCCGUAUGAUUUGGCAUCUGGGAUCGAUGCUUUGGAUCUGGUCAUCAAGGAGGCCACAGACAACCUGGAGCAGAAGCAUAUUAGUGCAGAAUUUAACAUGGAAGCGCCCAGUUCAAAUAUGAAUGUAGAACUUGAAGACCUGGCCAAGAUAAAGGGCGCCCUCCUGCAGCUUGAGAGCUCCAUUGAUGCUGUAACACUUCCAGCCAAUGGGAACGGUAUUACGAAAGAAGGGAGUUACAUCUUUGAGCUCUUUGCUUCUGCGGGGAUCACAUACGAAACAAAGACCAGUCUACUGGAGUUUCUUGAUCAGAUCAUACAGCACGUGGGUGGAAGUUCUGGGGUCUUCACAAAUACGCUUGGACUUCAGAAGUUGUCUGACAUCAUCCAGAUUGUAUUUAAUAUUGAGGUCCCUGAGGGCUCAGUUCCUCCGACUAGGAAUCCGCAGAUUUCGAAAUCGUACAAGGUCCAUAUCCAUCCAGACACCAGCCAGAGGAAGAGGCCUCGUGGAGACAUCUGGAGUAACAGCCGAAAGCAAGGGGGGAAGGUGCUCAGCUACUGGUGCUUCAGUCCUGGCUACACGAUGCAUGACCUAGUGAGACAAGGAGUACGGAGUAUUAUUCUUACCAGUGGGACCUUGUGCCCCCUCAGCUCCUUCACCAUGGAAAUGCAGAUCCCUUUUCCAGUAACGCUGGAAAACCCACACGUCAUUGAAAAGCAUCAGAUUUGGGUCGGAGUUGUUCCUCAGGGGCCUGAUGGAGCACAGCUCAGCUCUGCAUUCGAUAGAAGGUUUUCGCCUGAUUAUUUAUCAUCUUUGGGGAAAACAAUUGGUAACAUAGCUCGUGUGGUUCCUCAUGGCCUGCUAAUCUUUUUCCCUUCUUACCCAGUCAUGGAUAAAAGUAUUGAAUUCUGGAAGGAAAAUGGCCUCACCUCACGUAUUGAAGACGUGAAACCAAUGUUUGUGGAGCCAAGAGGAAAAGGCUCGUUCACGGAGACAAUUGAUGCAUUUUACGAGAAAAUACAAGCCCCCAGCAGCAGUGGUGCCAGUUUCUUCGCAGUUUGUAGGGGCAAGGCUAGUGAAGGGUUAGAUUUUGCAGACUACAAUGGCAGAGGUGUGAUAAUUACUGGCCUCCCUUUCCCUCCGCGAAUGGAUCCUAGGGUGAUUUUAAAGAUGCAGUUCCUGGAUGAGAUGAGACGAACACAGGGCUCUACUGGGAAGUUUCUGUCUGGACAGGAGUGGUAUCGACAACAGGCUUCUCGAGCUGUCAAUCAAGCCAUAGGCAGAGUCAUAAGACAUCAGCAAGACUAUGGAGCUAUCUUUUUGUGUGAUCACAGGUUCAGUAGCAGUGACUCUCGGGCUCAGCUUCCCUCCUGGGUCCGUCCUUACCUCCAAGUCUAUAAUAAUUUUGGACAUAUAAUACGUGAUGUAUCACAGUUCUUCCGUGUGGCACAGAAAAUUAUGCCGCCUCCUGUGCCGAGAGGUGCUCAGAAGGAAAAGGUCUCUUGUGUGUCAGCCUCAGAUUCCCCAUCUCACUCCCAGUCUUCUUAUGCUGCUUCUAGAAUACGAGAAAACUUAAAAAAAGCUAAAUCCUUAGACUCUCAUGUACCCAGCUUAAAAAGGAAAAGAGAGGAAGGGAGCAGAAUGGAGGCCCAGUCUGACUUUUGUGAGGGCUAUGAGGAGAACAUUGAUGUGGCUGCUCAGCGCCCAGCCGGAUUAUUGGAUGCACUGGAUCACAGCGAGAAGAGACUGCAAGGAGAGCAAAGCUCUGAUAAUAAGAUAACCCGUCUUUCAACACUAUCUUUGCAAUAUGACAAGAGGCUAAACGAGGAGCAGAGAGGGAGCAAGAAAAAGAUAAAAAUUGUCCAGAACCAGCUGAAAGACAGUUCUUCCCCGAGCAAGAAGAUGAGCAGCGCGUCUAUGUUCAUGCUCUCCGUCAAGCAAUGUCUUAGUCAAGAAAACUAUAAUCUCUUCAUGGCGGCUUUGACAGAGUACAAGAAAAGUGAUGACUUGAAGAGUCUUAUUACAAAAUUGUGCAGCUUCUUCUGCCAGGAACCUGGGAAGCAUGCCCUAAUGAGAGGUUUUUACCAAUUUAUUAGACCCCACCACAAAAAAGAGUUUGAUGCAGCAUGCAAAGAGUUUACGGGAACCGGGUGUGGAUACAAACCAGAGCACAGUAUACCACGGACUGAACGUGAGAAGGCACAAGCUACCGUUGACACCAAAGUGACCUUCUCUGAGAGCUCAUCCGAGCACCUGAACCAUGGAGGAGGGCACUUAAGCGCUGAAUCACUGAAAGCAAGUAAUUACCCCGUCGUUCCACCUCCCAACAAGGAGCAGCAGAUGCAGGCAUCUGCUGCGUAUCUGAAACAGGUGAAGGAAGCCUUGGGUCCGUCUAACUUUCAGCGAUUCUCCGUAGCUCUCUCCACCUAUAAGAAGACAGACAAUUAUGAAGUUAUGGUGAGCGAGAUUGCGGCGCUGCUUACAGAAAAGCCAGAGCACUACAGGUUACUGAGAGAAUUCUAUAGGUUUAUUCGGGUACCUCAUAAGAAGCAGUUUAAGCAACUGUGUGAGGAAUUAACUGGAGAAAGCUGCAGCAACAGAAACCCAGCAAGCCAAGCUCCUUGUAGUGACGGGGAGCCUGGACCCUCAGUAGUGGUCAGCAGCAGCAGUGACCAAGACGGAGCAGAGCGGCCGGCCAGUUGUUACCGAGAUGAACUGACUGAACAGUCCCAAGUUGCUAAAAAAUCUGAAAUGCCAGCCGUAGUUAAUGAGCCACAGAUGAGGAUUAGAUCAGCUUCACCUCCUCUGCUUCCUUUUACACCAGAGUCAGAGGGUCCAACCUGCCCAUACUGCAAAAUGAAAGGGUCUGUGCCUUUUAAAUGCUCAUCAUGCAACUUCUAUUGUUGCAAAGCAUGCUGGGAUCAGCUACUAAAGACGACCAAGCUGUGUCCGGCCUGCAAAAGUAACGUCAAGAAGCAUCAACUGGCGCAGAUGUUCUUCUUGUCCUCUUAGGGUCAGAGGCGGUAUUUCAGUGGAAUACAUGGACUUGACCACACAAUGUGCCGUAAUCCUGGUUCUGCAGUGGGAAAUGCAUUACUGUAGAAAUUCUACCUCCCUUACAAUUACAUGGAGGAGUUUCCUAUACAGUAAUUCAACGCUAUAGCCAUCAGACAGUUGAUUAAUAAGGAAUUCCUCAUGUUAUUGCAGCUUCACCCGAUGGUGGCAGGACUGAUGUUGCAUCUCUCUGAAUUCUUCUCUUCCAUUAGAUAAUUUUCGUUUGGCAAUGUCUACUUCUUGGAAAGCUGGAUGACAACCAAUAUGGCAGCUAGUAUAGCUCCCAUAAAUGUCAUCCAGGUUCCCUGAAUCCUCGAUAUGCCUUUCAGGGGUCUGGGAGUGCUGGGUUACAUCCGAUUUGAGGGGGCGGUAAUGAUGGCCAUAUUCAAAGUGGGAAAACAACUCUAUAGAUACCAGUGAUGUUUUAAUUUUUUUGGGGGGAAGGGCAUUUUAAGAUAUUUCUUCCUAUAUUCUUUAAUGGGACUGUCCGCUUUUUUAUAUUGCUGACUCCUCAGCUGUUUAAAAGAGCACUCGUACGAGGAUAGGUCAUCAAUAUUUAAAAAAAGCAGACAACCUCUUUAAAGGGACUACAGAAACAUGACUGCUUUCUUCCAGCAACAGCGCCACAUCUGCUCACAGAUUGUGUGUGGUAUUGCAGAAGUUCCAUACAAAGCCUGUGGAGAGGUGUGGCACUGUUCGAAGAAACUAGCCAUGUUUUUGUAAUCAUUUGCAACCAGUUUAAAAUGUUUUAGAGGGAUUUUCCGGGACUUAGAAAUUUAUGCAGGAUAAAUCAAGAAUAUCUGAUCAGUGAGGUCCGACUCCCAAGACACUGCAG